GCUGCUUCUCGAACGUUUUCCGCAGGCCGUUCGGUUUACGUGGUUGCGUCCAUUCAGAACGAUCGCUGUGCAACAGGCAGAGAGAGCGCCGUUUUCAAAAGCCAAGCGUACGCACAAGUGUGCUUUCGAGAGAAAUUUAAAAAGGAGAAUGCCCCACCUACACGCCGCGAGGGAUUCUCCGAUUGGUUCUUCGCGUCGUUUUUCCGCUCGUGUUCACUUUCUGUAGACUGCUUGUAUUUUUUUUGCCCUUUCGAUUCACACUUAAGUGCUACAGCUGGCAUGGUUUAAGUUGUGCUGCAUCAACACCCUGCAACGCGAGCUAUAGAGCGCCACGAAGGACCCGUACUGCGGCGCGUGAUCGACUGUUGUAGGAAUGAAUUCAGGCGUCAUCCUAGUCUCCUUUUGCGUCAUCCUUUUCGGAGCAUGGAGGUCAAGCCUGGCGUUGACAGAGCCAUUUUUCACCCACAUGGCAUCUUGCGUCGGAGAACCCAUCACAGCCGUCAGUGUACCUCAGAAAGAUCAGGCAGCGUUAGCAGCAUGGAACAACCUCUUCCGGCAAAGUGCUGGUGGCAGUGGUGGUAGUGGAGCUGCCUUUGCCCAACUCUUCCAUAAAGCCAAGGGCGUCGCGACGAGCUCGGUCGUUCUGCUCAGAAGAUGGAACCGGUGCUUGAAGGCGGUGUGCGUUCCAGACACAGCUCUGAAGUCUGUGUCGUGCCGCUCCCUGUACUUUUCGUACAACCCGUACAAGCGCACUUGCAUGCCUCAGAAGGGUUUCUGCCAGCGGACAAUCAACCACUUCGCUUCGAUGGAAGAAUGCCGGAUAGCCUGCUCUAGCCCAAGUGAAAGCGGCCGUGCGGCUGCGCCAACAAUGCAAGACACCGAAGUUAGACUGGUCAUUUUUCGCAAAAAGAACGGCGCAUCCGUGACUCUAGUGAACAGCACGCUUAAGAUUCCGCAGAAGAAAAACCUUUUCUUUGUCGGCUACCUUCUUCCAGACCCAUAUGGUCCUCUGGUAGGAAUAUCGAAAAGCAACGCUCAUCCACAAAGUUCCGUCACCAAGGUUGCCGUCAAGAAACCCGAAGUUGCUAAAAUGCAGGCUCCCCAAAGUGUGCCUAAGCAAGCUUGGCAGUCUUCCGGGAGUGGCGUCACAAAUUCUCCGCAGGGGUUACGAAGCCCUUCGAUACCAUUACCCCCGUCUGAUAAGAAAUUUCAAGGGACGUUUGGUACUGGUCCAAUGGCAGGACUCCGGCCGUCUAGAGUGGAAACUGCUCCACCAAAAUCGCACUUGGCAAGCGUCCCUCCUCCGAGGCCUCCGCCACUUUCCGGAGCUGCAGGACCACAGUUCAGCGUCCCUUCAAAGCCCGAUUUAGAAGGAACAGACUCGUCGGAAAUGUCCUCCUCGGAUCGAUCCUCUGAGGGCAAGAAAACAGCGUCCACCAUGCCACCAUUGCGACAAGCAGGAUCUCUAGUAAACGACAGUGGACCAGGAUUGUUCUCAGCUCGGCCGUCUCAAGAUGGCUUGAUGGCUGGCAUGCCACCAUCGCUGCCACCAUCGCUGCCUCCCCGCGCAAACACCGCACAGGGCCCACUUUCAGGCUCGAGCCGGCCGCAGCCACUGCCUUCCACAAGCGCGAGCGACUCGUCAAAUGCGUCCAAGCCAAGACAGCUCACCGACAUGUCGAUCCCAACAUUUCCUCCCGGCAUGGUAGACCCGUACAUAACAGAUGAGCCGCCAAGAAACGCUCGCGGCGAGAAAGAAGCCUCGCAUUCGUCUGCACAAAACGACACUGCGACGUCGCGCUCGGACAACUCGGUCGACCGCGCACCCGCUACAACGGUGGCGCCAGCAUCGAGUGCGCCAGAGCCGGAACCGACGCCAAUGCCUCGGAACGAUCCUGCAAAAGCUCGACACGCGAGGGAACUACCCGGGGGCUUCGGUCGCCCGAGGCGGACAAGAGACGGGAUGCCGCAGCGGGCGGCUCCGAUGUCGCGGCGCAGCGCCAGGGAAGGCACGCCGAGGGAACCAGUGGUGGAAGAAAAGAUCUUCGCUGAAAGGGCACCGCUGACGGGAAUUCGUACGGCGUAUCCUGUGCGCAGAAGCCUUUCCGUGCCCUUCACGACGUCCAGUCGCAGGCGCGAAGACGGAGGAGUGCGCUUGGCGCGCUGGGCGCCCCGAACAGGAUCUCGCUUUCCCGCAUCCAUAUCGCUGUAGCAGUGGGUACCCUGCGGGCAGCGUCUGCGGUGAUAACGAAGUGCUAAAAAUUUUGUUUCCGUGGGCCUCGAAAUCUAAGGCAGUAAACAAAAUUCAUGCGCGCAAUAAAAACGCUUGUCGUCGCGCCGGAUCAUUUCUGACGUUGAAGAAGCGAAAUAAAUUUCUAUGGCGCC